AUGGAACUCAUUAUGCAUCGUGAACCGGUUGCGAUCUGGCUCGGGGUGUGUAUAUGGCUCCUAGGAGCUUUAUUAUCACUGUCGGCUGUAUCAGGUGUACAACACGAGCCCCGUGUGGUAUGCUACUACACCAACUGGAGUGUGUAUAGGCCCGGUACGGCCACCUUCAACCCACUUAACAUAAAUCCGUACCUGUGUACGCAUUUGAUCUACGCGUUCGGCGGAUUUACUAAGGAGAACACGCUGAAGCCAUUUGAUAAAUAUCAGGAUGUUGAAAAAGGUGGAUAUGCGAAAUUCGUGGGUUUGAAGACAUACAACAAGAAUUUGAAGACGAUGCUCGCCCUCGGCGGAUGGAACGAGGGAUCCACGAGGUUUUCGCCAAUGGUGGCCAAUGCGACGAGAAGAGGCAUUUUUGUCAAAAACGCUGUGAAAUUCUUAAGACAAAACAAAUUUGAUGGUCUCGAUCUGGAUUGGGAAUAUCCUAGUUUCAGAGAUGGAGGCAAACCUAGAGAUCGCGAUAAUUAUGCUCAAUUUGUUCAGGAACUUCGUGAAGAAUUUGAGAAAGAAUCUUCAAAAACUGGAAGGACCCGUUUGCUCUUAACAAUGGCAGUUCCAGCAGGUUUGGAAUAUGUCGACAAAGGUUAUGAUGUACCAAAACUAAAUAAAUAUUUGGACUGGAUGAAUUUAUUGACAUAUGAUUAUCACUCAUCAUUUGAACCAGCCGUUAAUCACCAUGCUCCUCUAUAUUCUUUGGAAGAAGAAUCUGAAUAUAAUUAUGAUGCUGAACUCAAUAUUCAUCAUACAAUAAAGCACUACUUAGCAGCUGGUGCCGAAAGACAUAAGUUAGUAUUGGGAAUACCAACUUAUGGACGAUCUUAUACUUUGAUAAACCCAGAAGCAAACGAAAUUGGUGCUCCAUCAGAUGGUCCUGGUGAACAAGGUGAUGCCACCAGGGAGAAGGGAUACUUGGCCUAUUACGAGAUUUGCGAAAGUCUAAAAAGUGACGACUCCUGGACAGUGGUUCAACCCAACCAGGACGCGAUGGGUCCAUACGCCUAUCGUGGUGACCAAUGGGUAGGUUACGAUGAUGAAGCAAUGGUGCGUAAGAAGGCUCAAUAUGUUGUAGAACAAGGACUUGGUGGAAUUAUGUUUUGGGCAAUAGACAAUGAUGAUUUUAGAGGAACUUGCCAUGGCAAACCAUACCCUCUCAUAGAAGCUGCUAAAGAAUCAUUAUUAGAAGGAUUGAGUGGUAUUAAGGGUAACGAUGUAGAUGCUCCAGUUCGUAAUCCAACUAAGAAACCAUCUACAAGGAGAAGACCUCAAGUUAAAACAUCUUCCAGCGUUAAAUCGACAGCGGUAACAGCAAGACCAACAAAUCGGCGAAUCAGCUCUCGUCGUAAGACAUCUACUACGACAUCAACAACAGAAGAACCAGUAGUAUUGUCAGACGAAAGUGGAAGUUCUUUGUAUAUUGGAGGAAGAACUACGACUCCAGCACCACCAACUACACCAGAUCCAGGAAGCGAUUUCAAAUGUGAAGACGAAGGUUUCUUCCCUCACCCAAGAGAUUGCAAAAAAUAUUUCUGGUGUUUAGACAGUGGACCAUCAAAUCUUGGAAUUGUAGCGCAUCAAUUUUCUUGUCCUUCAGGUCUCUUGUUCAACAAAGCUGCAGAUUCAUGUGAUUACGCCAGAAAUGUACAUUGUAAAACUAAGAAAGAUCCUCCAGCAGAGGUUAGUAGUAGUACAACCACAACCACAACCCAAAAACCAAGCACAAAACCUCCUAGAAUCUCUCGGGUCACAUUAAGGACAACGGCACGCACUACGACCACUACUACCAGUGCUCCAGAAUAUGAGGAGUACGAAUAUGAAGAUGUGAGUGAUGAAAAAGAUCAUACAUUAGAUUCAGAAGAAGAUCCUAGAGUGAUUAAAGAAUUGAUAGAUCUCAUUCGGAAAGUCGGUGGUAUUGAAAAAUUGGAAAAACAGUUAGAUGGCAUCGAUGGUCUUCAAUCCGAAAGCAGUUCUGGAUCAUCAACAACUCCGGCUACGAUUAGCCGAUCUUUGUAUGAACGAGUACUCAGCAAAGCGACUCACAAACUGAUCAAUUAUCUUAGGUAUACGUCAUUUAAUAGAAAAGUUCCACAAUUUUCUGGUGGCGAUUCCAAGGAGGAGGAAGGUAGAAGUUCUAGCCGAGGUCGACCUCAAUACGUUACAAUACAACGUAAUAGACCACAUGGUCAAGAACCUGAUGAGGAUUCAUCUGUGAAAUAUUCCCAGGAAGUACUAGCCGGCGAUAGCAUUAGCUUUGUGGAUGACUUUUCCGAAGAACAUACACAAGAGCAACCUCGCAGGUCAACACAAGCACCUUCGCAUGGUACUCAACAAUAUGUGAAUAUCAGGAGGGCCAGACCCACAACUGAAGAGAAUGUAGUAGAAAUAACCACCAGACCCAAAUCAACUACGACUACUAAAGUAAUUAUAGAAGCUCCAACAACAACUACGGAAUAUGUCCCAACGAUAUCCAGAAGGCCUGUGUAUAUACCAUCAACAACGAUUAAGUAUGAACCUGUUGCAAGAGAAGAUACUUUAGAAGAAUUAGAUAUAUCGCAUAUAGGAAAUGAGAAAGAUUUUGGUAUAAAAUCCGUUGAGCGUUUGCGUCCAAUUCCACAAGCCUUAACAGUUUUAUCAAAUGAUGAUAUACAAAGCACUGUUGCUUUAGAUGCCACAACUUCUCUGCCUUCUAGUAGUCCAGAAGUUACUACCUUAGUACCUCCAAAAACUACUAUAAACAUCAUAUCCAGCGAAACUCCAGCAGCAAUAGAGCAGACAACCCCAUCCUUGACGACCAAGCCUGAGAAUAUUCCAGUUACCAUUGUUACAAGACUUGGAGGUCUGACUUCAAAAUCAGGCUAUUCACAAGUCACAUCUACCGCCAGAACAACAACGCAAGAUGCUACAACACCAUCAAAAUCAACUCAACGGCCAUAUCCAUUCACGAAGCGGUUGUAUCAGUCACAGGUAAGUUUCAGAGAUAGUAGUAAUAGAUUUAGAAAUAAUAAUGUAGAUAAUGGUAGUGCAGAAGUAGAACAGUCUAACGUAACAGAAAAUUUGCAAAACGUUGAAGGUGAUACCAAAAUUACUAGGGUUAGAUCACGCGGGCGUUUUAGAUUACGUGCAACCACAGAAAAUCCAAAUGAUGAAUCCACCUAUAGCAGUACGGUUACUAGGGUAACACCAGCACGAAGAUUCCGUCCCAGAUUAACUACCCCUUCAGAAAUUGAUUAUUCUGAAGAACAAACAUAUAAGCCAGCCGAACAAAUUGAACGUAAACACAGACCACAAUUUUUAACAGAUUUAUCUUCCUUGACGUCAUUCGAUUUUGGUGGUAAGCAUAGUUCUUUCAACCCAAAUCACCGCGGUCGUAAUUUUGCCAAGCGUACGCGACCUUCCACACCAGUUCCUGAUAUCGAGAAUGAUAAAACAGAUUUUACUAAAGAUGAGAAUAGUAGAUCACGUAUUGAAAGUCGUCCAAAAAGCUUUGUACGAUCAACUACACCAAACUCAAUUUCUAAUGUGGAAGUAUCUGCUAGUAACAAUGGCUUCAGAAAACCAAUUAAACCAUUUUUCUUAGGUAAAUUUAGUACCGUUAAACCUAAUACAGUUGACUAUGGAUAUGAUAAAGAUUCAAAAUUGAGAAAUGAUAAAUCUAUUGAGGAUUACAAUUCGGACAGCGUAGUUUCAUCCACAACGUCCCGAAAUGUUGGAUUCAAAGCACGACUUUACAAAAGUCAGUCGACGACAACAGAAAAUACAAUAACUUUGCAAAAAGAUGAUGAAAAUGUAUCUACAAAAUUAGAAAAUAAAUUAAAUUUAAGUGCUGAAGUUUCUCCCGAAGAACAAGAAUCUUCUGAAAAUUUUAAUACCACCGAAGAAGUUUCUUCAAAAUCAGUUGAUGUGGAACAUUCUAAUCAAAAUAUUUCUGAAUAUAAAAUUAUAAGAAGAAUUAAACCAACUGUGGCUGCAGCAGAUUCAGAUGCUGGUGCAUCUCUUACAGAAUAUGUCAGCGAUGAUAACAAAACUGUUAUUUCUGGUUUAAAUAGACGAAGAUUCAGAACCAAAGCCGAAUCUAAUAAUGAUACGGCAACAAAUUCUGGAGCCAGAGACUUCACAUUCGACCAGAAUGAGAACAACCAGCCCGAAAAUAGGCUUCGGAUAAAAGUACUUAAAACAAGAAAUUUUGGUCGUGGUGAUCGAGUUUCUACAUCGAUUGAAAUUCCAUCAGAAGAUUCGGAAGCAUUCAUAUCUAAUCGGAAUAGAAAUCGAUUAGUUUCAAAUAAUAAUAUCAAUAUUAAUUUUAAAGAGCAAAAUAAUGAAGAGGAAAAAUAUGUCAACGCUGGACGAUUUAGGCCAGGGACAGUUAUAGUGGGAUUUGAUUACAACAAAAAUGUUGAGAGGCCUCUACGAUAUAAAUAUAGACAGAAUGGAUCUCAGAAUAUUGAUUCUUCAGAAAAGACAGAAAACUUGGAUUCUGCAGCAGACCGUAAUUCAGCUGAGUUAAAAAAUAAAUUUAGUAAAGGUAGACCAUUUACUACUGCUCCGACUUCAGAACGUUCUGAUACUGACAGUAAUAUACGUCUAGAUUCAGUAUCUACACUAAGGAGAAAACACACUCCUAUAGCUAGGAACAAAAAACCUGAAAAUAGUUUGAGAACAGAAUCAACAACUGCUGAUUUUUCAACUGAUGAUGAAGAAAUUAUAGAAAACUCUGCAAACAGCUACUACAAAUCUCCUUCUGAAGAACAUGACGAGCAAAAUGGUAUGACGCCGCCAAGCAUCUCUGUAGACAUUACCACACUUUCUUAUGAGAGUACAUUAUUUGACUUAUCAUCACAUGAAGAUCAUGACACAUUAGAACAAACUACGACAGAUGAAGUGUCAGAAAAUAUUGAAAAUGUAACGGACAAGAAUUCAGAUGAAGAAAACUCAACAUCACAUAGUAAUAUCAGUCAAGUAUCAGAAUCUGAAGAACUUAUCACUCAACUUGUUCAAGAAAAUUCUUCAGACCAAAGUUUAUUCGAGGAUAUUGAAACAUCUUCAAAUUAUGCUACUACUGAAGACAUGAAUUUGGGUUUUGAACAAAAUCAAGAUCACAUCGAAACUACUACUCAGUUUUCUACAACCGUAUUAUCUAACAUUCGUAGAAGAGGAAGACCUACAACCGAAUCAUCUUCAACCACAGAAAAAUUAUCUACGAAUCCUAAUAGAAUACGUAGUCGUGGUAAGACCACUUACAAAAAUACUCUGACUGUUGAAAAAGAUCUCACAAAUAAUCGCUCUUAUAAUACGCGACCAAGAAACUAUUUGCUCAGAAAUAGAAAUCCGUCUUCUAGCAAAACUGAUAAGAACAUAACAAACGUAGAAAAAAUUGAAUCCGCAGAGGAUGCUGAAUAUUCCGGUGAAGCACUUGAUGAAGAAUUGGAAAGUGAAGUAUCCAAAGAUAUUGAAAACGAUAGUAAUAAGUCUAACGAGAAUAUUGCUAGUUUAGAAGAAGAACAGAGUAUUGAGCUUAAGGAUAUUACUGAAAUGGUUUCUCAGAGCGAUCUACUUACAGAAUCAACAAUUUCUACCGAAUACGAUGAAUCUUUAUUAAAUUUGGAAGUGAAUACAGAAUCACUUAUGGACAAAAAUAUUACAAACGGUUUUAUAGAGGAAUCAGAAAAAAAUGAAACCGGAGAUUCCACUGAUGCAAAUACGAGCGAAGAACUGGCAACUGAAGACAGCUUGAAUAUAGGCACUCCUACAGAAAUUACUAAUUUAGAAGAUUCCGAAAAUGAUGAUUCCGAAAUUGUAGUAACAGAAAAUAUUACAUUGACAACCAAAAUCAAUAAUGAUAGCUUGAUUAACAUUGCAAGUACUGAACCUAUUGACAAUGGUACAAAUCUAAAUUCUACAGAAACAACAACUGCUAUAAAUUUGACAACACCUAGAGUUUUAGGAUUUAGACAAAGAUUUAAUAAUCAGAGAAAAGGAAUUACGGAUAUUAAAUCAUCUGGUGCAGAUAAAGAUGAGGAAAAACGUAAAUUACUGCCAACACUUUUCGAUUUACAAGAACAAAAUAAAGCAAGUUUUUCAACAAAUGAUGCGAAGGAAUCGAACGCUUUGCGUAAUAAUAAUUUUAGGCUUAAGUUAAGUAGAACCAAUAGGCCUACUCCUGCUAUAUACAGAGGAGAUAAUAAUUACUCAUCAAAAAUAAAUAAUACAUUGGAAAGAACGAGAAAUUCUUUACUAAGUAAUGUACAGAAAACGUAUUUAGGUAGUAGAAAUAUAAAUAGACAAAAGUUUGGAAUUGGUAGAAAUACAAUUAGCAAAAAUGUAACUGAAACUAUCAAAGAAGAUAAUAGUAGUAUUUUAUUAGAAGAAAAAGGUUUAGAAGAAUCUGUAGAUCAGACUAAUUUAACAGUAUCGUUAGAUGGAGAUAUGGAGCAUGAUACUAAUAGUGGUUUAAUAAUGAAUUUAACAUCUUUAGAUAAUGUGGAAUUAAUAGUUAACAACACUGACACCAUUGGUGUUGAGCUAUUAACCAAUAAAACAGAAGCCGAACAUAAUUCCACAAUUACUGAUGAUGAUAUAAAUCUUACAUUACAGGCACGAAAAGUACAUAAUCUUGAUAACUCGUCAUUUUCUGGGGAUAACAAAGUUAUAGAUUCAGAAGAAAAUAAUUCUGAUAAUAGAUCACAAAGAAGGAAAAAGAUAAUACGUAGAAUUCGCCCUUCGCAUAAUCUAAAUGUUAACGAGAAAACUGAUGAUAUUGAGAAUAACAAUUUUUCAGACAAUAAUACAACCAGAAGACGUAAAGUCAUUUUACGGCGACCCUCUUCAACAACAGAGAAUUCUGCAAAUAAUGAAGAGUUGCCACUCACAGAAAAACCUAAAUACCGAAAAAUUAUACGAAAAUAUAAACCCAAAGCGAUAGAAGAUGACGUUAUUAUCAAAUUCGAUGAUGUAAAUAAUACUGACACAAGUUUAGAGAAAGAAUCCGAUAAUGAUAUUAUAAUCCGUUUCAAAGAUUCUGAAGAAGGAUCUGAAUUAGAACAGAAUUCUAAAGUAAGUGAUGAUGAAACAUUUAAUGGAAAGUCUAUACUAACCGGUUUAGACAGAGCCUCUAUAUACCAAAUGAAGCUACAUCCAGUCGUUGUUCCGGUUACCAGACGCGUCACAGACGAGGAAACGGAUGAUGUAGAGAUUACUACAAUAUCAGACAUUGACGAAGAAGUUGUAGAAACUACUGAUAACGCAAAUGAAAUAGAGUCUGAUACCACAGAAAUGUUAGAAGAACCGACUACUUAUCAAUAUGAGAUAACAACAACGUCUUCUACCACAGAAGUUACGCCUUCAACACCGCAGUAUAUUAAUCGUUUGCUAGCAGUAAGGAAACCUGCUUAUAAACCUCCAAAACGGGUGACAACUACUGCUCAACCAUCUACAACAGCAAGUCUAUCUAAACAAACUCGUAAUUAUCAAAGAAAGUACUUCAAAUAUGCGGAUAAACCCCAAACAAUUCCUGAGGAUAUUAAAACAGUAAAUAUUGAAGAAUUUCCAGGUAUUGAACCAGUUACUGUCCCACCGAUUAGACUCUUUACUGCUAAAGAUCGAAAGUUUGGACGAACUGGAUUUUCACCUAAGCCUGAUGAUGAGGAAGUUGAUGAUGAGUAUUACGAGGAUGAAGUAUCCCAAGUAAAAAAUAGGCCUUUAAUUUAUACUUUACUCGAACGUACCAGCACCGUACGUCCAAAAGAAUUAAAUAUUGAUGACUACGUUGAUGAUAGUCAAGAACCACAUAACAAAUUUUUCGAUAAUCCAAUCUCUGAUGAUUUGUAUGAAGAUACAUAUGACGAUGAGUCUGUGGAAGAAUACAAUGAAGAACAAAGUAAGAGCUUAGAAGAAGAUGAUCAACCUAUAUUACGUUUUCCAAUAUCACUAGGCAAGAAAAAUGACGUGCCUCUAUAUACACCAAAACCAACAACAUCUAGAUAUUACAAUCGACCAUCAACAAAAGAGUUUGUACAUCCUGCAAGUCUAAGAACUACACCUGUACCAAAAUAUACCGUAGAUUUGCAUACAGAACCCUCUCCGUUAUUGAGCCGGACAACUGAAUUUAUUCAUCCAGCAAGUAGAGCAUAUACUAGGAAAUAUGUAAUAACAACAACAACUACUGAACUUCCAGUUGAUACUGGUUUGGAAGACUUGAAUAUUGAUGCAUUAAAUGCUAGAAAUAAAAAGAUAUUUGACAGCCACAAAAAACCGCUAACAGCAAAACCAAUAACGACACAAGCUCCGACAAUUGCCAGUUCGGAAAUUAAUGCAAGUCCUGAAUUUAUUAUACGUGUUGAAAAUAGUUCUUUGGACAAUAAUUUAAUUAAAUAUACAAGUCAAGACCAUUCACAGACAGAGAAUCCUUUCCAAAUAAGUAUACAUGAACAAACAAAUACUGUAUCUGAAUAUAAUGAGUUUAAUAUUACAAUUUCUAAGAGUUCAGCUAGUUCUCAAAAUACAUCUACUGAAACGUCUGAUAUCGAAGACUUAUCAACUUAUCCACACCAUAUUUUUGCAAUUGAUUCAUCUACAGAAGUUCAAACUACGGAUGAAGAUGCAACUACGGAAAAAUUGGAAAAACUUGUAGAAAUCAACUUAAUUUCAGAAGUUAAAUCUAAAGAAGAAAAAUUAAAAUUAAGCAAUAUUACUUAUGAGUCCAAGCCAGUAGUUCUAGUAAGUUCUACAGAUUUGCAAUCUGAACAAAUGCCUAAGCUUGAUAAACGUACGGAAAUUAAUCGCUUGACUCUCAUAAAAGUGGUCAAUGGUGAAACUGUAACAACAGAUUUUCCAGCAACUGAUACUACUUAUUAUGAAAACUCUUCAGAAAAAGCUCGAGCAAUUGACUUCAAUAAGCAAAACUAUAUAAGCAAUCAUCUGUUUGUUGAACCUUUCACAUCUAGUACCGAAAGAUCUACUAUAACAUUAGAAGGCCUCUUUAAAAACGAGGAAUUAGCAUAUGGAAAGUCCGUUAAAGGUAAAAAAUCUUCAAGUCCUAUGCCUGUAUAUGUUCCAUCAACUACGCAAGCAUACACUACACCCACGUAUGAAACAGUUACAAAAUCUUCACAAGAACAAAGAAAUAUUGAAUCAGUUGGAUCAGUCAAGGAGGUGACACCUCCAGAUAGUUCGCCUAUUGUCAUAUCCAUAUUCAACUUGGAUAAAGUUCUUUUACAAAAAGGACCUCCCGUAAAAAUUGAAAAAGUGCAAGCUCAAGUGCGAACUUUGAGUGACCCUGAGCUAAAUAUUGAUGUCGACAGUCAUGUGACUUUGAUAUCACCAAGACCAAUUGUUCAUAAGGAAACUAGUUAUAGCGAAACUCAAAGUUCUAUGAGAAUAUUAAGGAAGCAUCUUAAAAAGCAUGUGGUGGAUCCUGGAAAACAAUUUUCUACAGUAAAGGAUAAUCAAGGAGUAGAAAAGGUUGCCUUUACAGUUCUGAAUGACCACCAGCCUGUGGUGAGGUCUGUUGAGGUAAAUGCUGGACCUUCUGUGGUGACUUCACAGAGCAAAAUUGUUAAAACGGUAAUAAAUACUGCUAACACGUAG